AUAGCCUUUUCCCUUCCCGGGUAAGGUUAGCCUGAGGUAAAUAAACACGCAAUAAUGACAUUGAGAUACAUGUGCACUGCCUCGGCUGGUUCAUCUCAGCUCCUGUACAGUUAAAGUUUGUUCCUUCAGCCCUGUGAAACACAUUUCAAACACGAAGGUCUAACGGGAAACAAAGAAUGGCUUUCCCCUGUGUGCGACUGUGCACCCGGCACAGGAGCACGGGGCUUCAGGUGUGCGGUUAUGCGACGCUCCCGAAAGCAUCCGGGCCCCGGGAGAAAAGCGACAGCGGCGGUCCAGUGUUUCAGUAUGUUGGCCAGCACAGAAAGCCCAGCCACAAAGUGUUCGUGUGGGGCUUCAGCUUCACUGGGGCUCUGGGUAUCCCCAGCUUUGUGGUGCCGGACAGUGGCAGGAAGAAGCCCCGUAAAUACCAGCUCACUCCUUACCGCCUGGAGACCGCGGAGCAGAUCUCUUCUGCCGCCUGUGGUUACGGCUUCACUCUCAUCGCCUCCUCGACCAAAGAUGCUUCCAAGCUGUGGGGCAUGGGCCUGAACAAGGACUCUCAGCUGGGCUUCCAACGCACCCAGCACAGCCGCCAUCAGAGUUAUGACUACGUCCUGGAGCCGUCCCCGGUGGCUCUGCCUCUUGUCGAUCCUCUGCAGACCAGAGUGCUUCAGGUUGCAUGUGGCCGGGCUCACUCCCUGGUCCUCACCGAUCAGGAGGGAGUUUUCAGUAUGGGCAACAACGCGUAUGGCCAGUGUGGGAGGCAGAUUGUUGAAGAUGAGGUUUACAGUGGCAGUCACAUCAUUCACAAGAUAGAAGGCCUCAGCAGCAGGGUCGUCCAGGUGGCGUGUGGGCAGGACCACAGCCUUUUCCUCACCGAGUCAGGAAAAGUGUUCGCGUGUGGAUGGGGCGCAGACGGACAGACGGGUCUGGGACACCACAGCGUCAGCUCCGGUCCGGUGGAAGUGGGAGGGGAUCUGGCCGGCGUGGAGGUGCAGCAGGUCAACACGUAUGGAGACUGCAGCCUGGCUGUGUCCCGGGACGGACAGCUGUAUGGAUGGGGCAACUCUGAAUACCUGCAGCUGGCCUCGGUCACCGAGGCCACGCAGAUCAACUCCCCUCGACAUCUUCCUCUGACAGGCUGCGGAAAGGUGGUUCAGGCAGCGUGUGGAGGAACGCAGGUGGCCAUUCUCAACGAAAAAGGAGAGGUGUUUGUGUGGGGAUAUGGCAUUCUUGGAAAAGGCCCAAAGCUAUCAGAAUCCUCAACCCCAGAGAUGAUUCCCUCCACGCUGUUCGGCAGCUCAGAGUUCAACCCCUCCGUCGCUGUCACCAGGAUCAGGUGUGGCCUCAACCAUUUCGCUGCAGUAACAGAUCGAGGCGAGCUCUUCGUUUGGGGGAAGAACGUGAGAGGUUGUUUGGGCAUCGGGAGUAGAGACGACCGGUACUUCCCGUGGCGAGUGACCGUGCCGGGUCAAGUGGUGGAUGUAGCAUGCGGUGUUGACCACAUGGUGGCGCUGGUGAAGUCCCUUCUGUGAGCUCUUGUCCUUGCCAGCAGUGGAUGAAAGGCUGGAUGUUUGGCCUAUCUACCCCCCCGUCCCCCGCUGACCUACUGGCGCCUCAGGGAGCCGAUCGGGGCCGCUUUGGAGUCUUGAAGCCAGCUGCUCUCCACAGGCGACGGGCCCUCGCGUCCCCUCCGUCCUGCAGUGACGCCAAGCAGUGAGCAGAGUAGUUGAUUCUGCAGCAAAGCGUCACCUUAUCCUUCACGAUGGUCACAUGGCACAGACAUCUAAGGAUAGUUUUAUUGCAGUUACAGGUGAAACGAUUAGUCAAUUAAUUGAUUAAUUGAUUUAGCCAUUUUUUCCAAGCAAAAUAGUGAAAAAAUGCACAUCAUUCUCUGUUUGCAGCUUCUUCAGUGUGUGCAUUUGCUGUUUUUCUCUCUUUUAUAACAUCGUAAACUGGACAUCUUUGGGCCUUGGACUGAUGUCGGACAAAGCAAGACAUUUUAGGACACAACCUUGGGCUUUGGACAUGUUUUCACUAUUUACUGACAUUUUAUAAACUAAAAUGCAGCUUAAACGAUAAUGAAAAUAAUCAUUUUCUUUUAUAACAUCAGUGUUUAUAUCACUUAUGAUAACGUGCUACACACCAGGUUAGGUCCUGAGAUCUGGGAACGACUAAUAUAACAUAACUGAAUAAAAUGGAGGCCAAAACUAUGAAAAUAAGACCCAUCUGUAAUAAACCAGACAACGUUCCUACCAGAAAACAAAGCCUCCUUUCAGGUACUUAAUUCUGUAAAAUUGUGUUUUGUGUCCUCUGGCAUGUUGUUGAUGUUUGCUGCAACACAAAAACGUUUUCUGUGAGAGAAAUGUGCUCAGCGAAUGAAGCGAUUCACUGUGGAAUCAUCAGACUCCUGCGGUUUGGGAUUAUCUCAAAACAGUACGUUGGGGCACUUUAAAUCUCUGCAGGCCUAUCAGAUGUUUAUGCAACAUUUGAAAAGCCAGCGACAGCAAAACAAUCCACAAAAAAUGAUUAUCUCCCUGCCAACUGCAAAUAGAGGUGAAGGCACUCCGCCAGGGAGAAAACAGGUUUUGACGAAUCAAUUUUACAACAUGAACUCGUGUGUCCUCAGUGGUGCGUGCCCGCCGUGCAUAUAAAACGCUGUCGGGAGCAGCAGAAAUAUAUGGACAACUACAAUCGCGGAGUCCUGACAGCUUAAAAGUAUCAAUCUGCCCCGACAGUUGUUGCCAUAUCAGUCAAAUGCAUCAGCAGAACGGCGACUUGAGACUGUUUUGUAAAAGGAAAGGAUAAAAAAACCAAGCAGGCAGGAUUUUCAAU